AUGAAGCUCUUCUUUGCCGGACAACACCUCUUGGCUCUGCUCAGCGUCAUCGCUGUCUGUGGGACUGUCUUCGCCCUACACGUCCCUAUAGACCCCCUUGCCGCUCAGUAUGAAGUGCGCACGACUCAGCAAGAUGACUGCACGAAAUGCGCGCAGUGCUCAGACAACACUGUCUGGACUCAAUCCAAUGCUGGCAACAAUGGCUCAUCAUCACUGCUCAACUUUUGGGGGGCCAGAGCGGGCCCGGCUCCAGCUGCUACGAGUCCAUCCAAGAAGUCAAGAGAGGAGAUCGAGAUGGAGUGGGCCAUGAAAGAGAGCCUCAAGGCGUACCAAGCGGAACAGAAAACGUCUGAAUGUCAUGACCAGGAUGUUGGCGCUGAGGCAAAGGUGCAAAGCCGCGUUCGCCGGCCUUCCCCUGCCCACAUCGUUGAAGAUGCAGCUCAGCAAUCAUCAUGCGUCAGUCCUCCAACUGGCGUCGCUUCAUCUUCAAAGGUGACUCUCGACGCGACGAAUGCGCAGCAAGAGGAAGGCGACGACGACGACGACGACGACGACGACGACGACAUCACGGAGCUGCCACCUGGCAUGCCCCCCUGCAUCGCUAUGCCUGACCCAACCACCAGCUCCUCGUCAUCCCGGGACGCCUUUUCCCUCCUUAUGUCCAACACCAACGUCGUCCCCACUACACAAGCAACGUCCCCUUCCCUGCCUCGCGCAACCCACUCCCUCUCCACCCUACCUGCCAUGUUCGGCUCCCCCUCUGCAGCCGACGCCGACCCACUCCUCACUCCUUCGACGCUCCUCAAACUUUGGACCCACAGUGACCAGGUCGAAGCUCGCAAUCGCCUCAAACGCGGGACACGUAAACCGCGCGAGGUUCCCUUUUACAAGGUCCUUUUCGGCAUGCCACUAAGCGUCGAUGCAUUCCGCUUUGGAGCUAUACCGGGGUGUGUGGGGUACUUUCUGUCGCAUGCCCAUUCGGAUCAUUAUGCCGGGUUGAGUCCGAGCUGGAAUGCUGGGCCAAUCUACUGCUCAAAGACCACGGCCAAUCUGAUGGUCAGCAGUCUGGGAGUCAAGGAGGAAUUCGUUCAUACACUGCCCUACGAGGAAGAGUGGGAGGUGCCUGGUAGCGGAGGUGUGAAGGUCACUCUCCUGCCGGCGAAUCACUGUCCAGGCUCCUGUGUCUUCCUCUUCAAAGGGCCACGAACGGCAUACAUUCUUCCCAAGCCUGCUCCUGGACUUGGCAUCCCCGCUCCAAGCCCACUGCCCUGCAUUGACCCCCGCACCGGUCGGGAAAAGGAAUGGGCUUACCUCCAUUGUGGCGACUUUCGUGCUUCACCCGCUCUCACCGAGCAUCCGAGCCUCAAGAAUGUGCACUUGGACGUCAUAUACCUCGAUACCACUUACCUCAAUCCGCGCUACUGCUUCCCCGCGCAAGAAGAGGUCGUGAGGGAGUGCGCGCAAUGCGCUUGGGAGAACUUGGGCAGCAAAGAGGAGAGGGACAAGGCCGAGAGGCAGCGACGAGAAUGGGAGCAGGCUGGUUGGAGGAUCGCAGAGGAGGAGGGAUGGAGAAGGGAGAAGGGGGAGAGAGAAGGCGAAGCGAAGCGCAGGCUCAAAUACGAGACAGAGCGCAAAGGGAUGAAGGGCUGGUUGGGCAAGGGCGAGGAUACUGAUGAGAAUAAGGUCAAGGCCGAGGACAACGAUGAUCUGGGGGAAGACGGCGAUGAGGACGAGGAAGCUGCCUGGCGAGACGCUCACGCUCAGAUGCGCAAGGAAGAGGGAGGCUACCUUGACGGCGAUGAUGACGAGCUGCAAGGCGAGGACGAGCUGCUCAACGGCAUGGACCUGGUCGAUGCAGCCGAGCUCGAGCAAGAGCUCGCAGAGGAUGGCGGGCAGGAUUCACCGACCAAAGAGGAGACAGACACGCUGCCUCGCCGCAUCAAAGAGGAGCCGCGCACCCCAUCACCUCCGCUGAUAGAUGAGAAGAAGAAGAUCCCGCUCUCAUCGACAAGCCCGGGAAUUGUAGGCGCGCGAGUCCUCUCAGUACUGCAGAAAGACGCCAAAGCUUACGAGGAAAGCGACGAAGAUUCCGGACAGCCGGGCCUACCCUUCUGGAAGCAAGUGGAGAAGAGCCGCCUGGCUGCGGGUUCGAGCGAAUACGUCGACCUGGACCAAGUAGGCGUCAAUGUUGAGCCCGGCCAGUCACGUCUCGCAUUCGGGCAGGGCAGCAAGCAAGCGCCCAAAGAAGAAGACAAGGCUGCACCCUCCUCGUCUACCAGCGUCGUCGCGCCUAGCGUCCCACGCCCCUUGGCUGGCCGCCUGUUGAUCGUGGUCGGCACCUACUCGAUUGGCAAAGAGAAGAUUGCACUGAGCAUCGCCCUUCGCCUUGGGACGCGCAUAUUCUGCACUACGCCCAGCAAAUACCGCAUCUUUUCUCAGCUGGAGGACGAGCCUCUUCUCCAAUCUCUUCUGACCUCGGACCCAACAAAGGCAGCCGUGCACGUCACCAGCCUAUUCGGGGUCAACUACGAGUCUCUUCGCGCCCACCUGGACGUGUUGCGACGCAAGCACGGAGCAGACUUCGAGCGCUGUAUCGCCUUUCGACCCACAGGCUGGUCGUAUCGUCCCCCACCGGGUGCGGGCCAAGCUUCCCCUACCUCGCCCACCGAUCUGGCCAAAUUGAUCCACGCCAAUCAAACACGCCCACGCUACGCCUGGCGUUCCUCUUUCCGGCCCACUCGCGACUCUACGGCUCAGGUUCAGAUCUAUGGCGUGCCCUACUCUGAGCAUAGCAGCUUCUUUGAGCUGACGGCGUUCGCACUUAGCGUGGGGAAGGGGUGGGAUCGAAUCGUUCCUACGGUCAAUGUGGGGAACAAGGCGAGUAGGGCCAAGAUGGAGGCGUGGGUCAAGGCGUGGAGGAGGGAGAGGGAGAAGAGAGGAGGCAAGAAAGUGCAAGGGAGGGAUGAGCAAUAUUUCUGA